AUGGGCAUCGGGAUGAUGUCGCUGGGCCACGCGUACGGGUCCGCGGGCGGGGACGAGGAACGCCUUGCUUUCUUGGAUGCCGUGUACGCCCUGGGCGCGACGCACUGGGACGACGCCGACCUGUACGGCGACACCGAGACGCUUCUGGGAAAGUGGUUCCGCGCGAACCCGGACAAGCGCGACGACGUGUUCGUGACGACAAAGUUCGGCUUCGCCGGCCAGGACGCCAGCGGCGCGUACAUCAUCCGCAGCGACCCCGAACACAUCCGCGCCGCGUGCGCCGCCAGCCUGGAGAAGCUGCAGUCCGGCUGGAUCGACCUGUACUACUGCCACCGUGUGGAUGGGAAGACGCCCAUUGAGGAGACGGUCAGGGCCAUGGUGGAAUUGAAAAAUCAAGGCAAAAUCCGCCACAUCGGCCUCAGCGAAGUCUCGGCCUCGACCCUGCGGCGCGCCUACAAGGUCCACCCCAUCGCGGCGCUGCAGAUCGAAUACUCGCCGUGGGCGCUGGAGAUCGAGAGCAACGGCGUGCUCGAGGCGUGCAAGGAACUGGGCGUCGCCGUGGUGGCCUACUCGCCUCUGGGCCGGGGGUUCUUGACCGGCACCAUCAAGUCGCCCGCCGACGUGCAGGGCGACUUCCGGGGGAUGCUGCCGCGGUUCCAGCCCGAGAACUUUGACAAGAACCUGACGCUGGUGAAGCGCAUCGAGCAGCUCGCCGCCGCAAAGGGCGUCACCACCAGCCAGCUCGUCCUGGCCUGGCUGCGCCGCCAGUGGCCCCAGGGCAUCCACCUCCUCCCCGGCACGCGCAGCGUGAAUCGCGUCAAGGAGAACCUCGCGGCCCUGUACGUCGAGCUCACCGACGACGAGGACCGCGCCAUCCGCGCCGCGUGCCAGGAAUGCGUCGCCAUCGGCACCCGGUACCCCGAGGCCAUGGAGUACGCGCAAUUGGGGGAGACGCCGGAAUUGGGGAAAUGA